GUCCCAAUCCCAAUCGGCACCACCCCCUCCUGCCCCGUGACGCCGCCGUGCCCCGUGCCGUGGGCUCGCUCGGCUCGAUCCUGGCCGCGACGCGACGGGACCGACCCGAACUCUCUCCAACCCUCCUCUCUAUAAAUACCGCCCCUCCGUGUCUGUGCCGUUCGAUCGCACCCGUACCGAAUCCGCGCCCCUGAAAGUUUUGCAUGCCGCUGUCGAAGUCGGCUUCCGCGUAGGUGUGGUCGUCGUGUCGGCGGCGGCGGCGGCGGCGGGAGGAGGAACGAGGAGGACACAUGGAGCACGGGAGCAUCAUCGCGUCGGCCGUGGGGGUGGGCGUCGGGGUGGGGGUCGGCAUCGGCCUCGUCUCGUCGCGGCUGACCGGGUUGGCGACUGGCGGCGGCGCCACGGCGGCGGAGGUGGAGGCGGAGCUGCGGUGUCUGGUGGUGGACGGCCGCGACGUCGGCGUCUCCUUCGACGACUUCCCGUACUACCUCAGCGAGCAGUCGAAGCUGGCCCUCACCAGCACGGCGUUCGUGCAUCUGAGCCCAACGAUCCUGCCCAAUCACAUCCGCGUCCUCUCCGCGUCCAGCCGCACCAUACUGCUCUGCGGCCCAUCAGAGGCGUACCUUCAGUCGCUCGCGAAGGCUCUCGCAAACCAGUUCAGUGCUCGCCUGCUGCUGCUCGAUGUCAUCGACUUCGCGUGCAAGCUCCAUCAUAAGUACGGCGGUCCAAGCAAUACACAGACCCGUGAGAGAUCCAUGACAGAGGCAGCCUUCGAUAGAGUGUCUAGUUUGGUUGGAGCUUUCAAUCUGUUUCGCAAGAAGGAAGAACCAACUGGAACAGGACCAUUGAGCCGUGAAACAGGCAUCCUUGAUCUCAGGACUAGCACUUGUUGUCCUCAUAACACACCUUCAGUACGGGUUCAGUUAUCCUUGGUACCUCCCGAGAAGGACCAUGAUCCCGAAUCUUCUAAAUACCUUGCAUCAGUUAAACCAUGCUGGAGUUUGAAUGAGAAGGUUCUCAUACAAUCCCUUUACAAGAUUAUAGUUUCUGCUUCUGAAAUCAGUCCAGUCAUUCUUUACAUAAGGGAUGUUGAUGACUUGCUUGGAAGUUCAGAAAAAGCAUACUGUAUGUUUCAGAAAAUGUUGAAAAAACUAUCUGGACGGGUAAUCGUGAUUGGUUCACAAUUCCUCGAUGAUGAUGAGGAUAGAGAAGAUAUUGAAGAAUCUGUGUGUGCUCUUUUCCCUUGUAUUCUGGAGACAAAGCCUCCCAAAGACAAGGUCCUUCUUGAGAAAUGGAAGACCCAGAUGGAGGAAGAUUCGAAUAAUAACAAUAAUCAAGUCGUUCAAAACUACAUCGCGGAAGUGCUCGCAGAAAACAAUCUUGAGUGUGAAGAUUUGAGCUCGAUCAAUGCAGAUGAUGAUUGUAAAAUCAUUGUGGCUUACUUAGAAGAAAUUAUAACCCCAUCUGUCUCUUACCAUCUGAUGAAUAACAAGAACCCUAAAUACAGAAACGGGAAUCUUGUCAUAUCUUCGGAGAGCUUAUCCCAUGGAUUACGCAUAUUCCAAGAGAGCAACGACCUUGGGAAAGAUACAGUGGAAGCAAAGGAUGAGACAGAGAUGGUCGUUCCAGACAAUGAGUAUGAAAAGAAGAUCCGACCAACGGUUAUACCAGCCAAUGAAAUAGGAGUGACAUUUGAUGACAUUGGAGCACUGGCUGAUAUCAAAGAAUGCCUUCACGAGCUUGUCAUGCUUCCUCUUCAACGACCUGAUUUCUUCAAAGGUGGUCUCUUGAAGCCAUGCAAGGGCGUUCUGCUGUUUGGGCCACCUGGUACGGGGAAAACAAUGCUCGCCAAGGCCCUAGCAAACGCAGCAGGAGCUAGCUUCUUGAACAUCUCUAUGGCUAGUAUGACAUCAAAAUGGUACGGGGAGUCUGAGAAGUGCAUCCAAGCCUUAUUCAGCCUUGCUGCUAAACUUGCACCAGCAAUCAUUUUCAUCGAUGAGGUAGACAGCAUGCUAGGGAAACGAGAUAACCAUAGCGAAAAUGAGGCAUCCCGCAGAGUAAAAAAUGAGUUCAUGGCUCACUGGGAUGGACUCUUGUCUAAGUCCAACGAAAGGAUAUUAGUCCUUGCUGCAACGAACAGGCCCUUUGACCUUGAUGAUGCGGUGAUAAGGAGAUUUGAGCACAGAAUCAUGGUCGGCCUCCCAACGUUGGAGAGUAGAGAGCUGAUUCUGAAGACAUUGUUGUCGAAAGAGACGGUUGAAAAUAUUGAUUUCAAGGAGCUUGCCAAAAUGACUGAAGGAUACACCAGCAGUGACUUGAAGAAUAUUUGCGUGACGGCAGCUUAUCAUCCUGUCAGAGAGCUACUUCAGAAAGAAAAGAACAAGGUCAAGAAGGAAACUGCACCAGAAACGAAGCAAGAACCAAAAGAAAAGACCAAAAUUCAAGAAAACGGGACAAAAAGUUCGGAUAGUAAGACUGAAAAGGACAAGCUUGACAACAAGGAAGGUAAGAAAGACAAGCCUGCUGACAAGAAAGAUAAAUCAGACAAAGGCGAUGCUGGAGAGACUACCCUGAGACCGCUAAACAUGGAGGACUUGAGAAAGGCAAAGGAUGAAGUCGCCGCUAGCUUCGCUAGCGAAGGCGUUGUGAUGAAUCAGAUCAAGGAAUGGAAUGAGCUCUACGGCAAAGGCGGGUCGAGGAAGCGGGAGCAACUGACAUACUUCUUGUAGUGAAGAAUUCAUUACUUGUAUAUACAUUUGUAGUGUUUGUGGUUGGCAUCUGGCCCCCGGAUGACUGGAUGUACUGAAGCAGAGAAGAACAUAGGGAAAAAAGAGGCAUUUAGGAGUAGUAGUCGUCAGACCCGAUAAUUUGAUUGUCAUUCCCUAGUUGAUUUAUUGAAUAAUAAUGCUGAACCUUCUUGAUUCGGGAAUACAAUUGGUCGAUUACUGAUUA